UUCCCCUUGUAAAUGGGGGGUCAGGCUUGGUCGUCGCUCGCUCGUCUUCUUCACUGUUCACAAGUCUUUAUAGCUCAAAACUUUCCAUACAAAUCUAACGAAAAGCGAUAACUUUCGUAAAUUUGAAUACUAAAAUUUCCCAUUCUUUUUCGAGCUCAGAAAAAAAGGUGAAAAGCUUUGAGCUUUGAAAGUCAAUGGUUUCGUUUCUUGGCACUGUGAGGCCAGCCCCAUUUGCCAUGUCCUCUUUCGGACCUUGUAGGCGCCAAAUAUCUCUCUACAACUCUCCUCUUUCCUUUCCUCGAACUGGGUUCUUUCCGUUCAAAAGGAUUCUCCAAGCUUGCCUUCAAUCUAAUUCAGCAAAUAAGGAUCUUGGAGUUCAGCUACCUGCUCAUCAAUCUGAAAUCAUAUUUAUUGGGACGGGAACUAGUGAAGGGAUUCCUCGUGUGAGCUGCCUAACAGAUCCUUUAAAGAAAUGUCCGGUUUGCACCAAAGCUGUGGAACCUGGUAAUAAAAAUAGGAGACUCAACACUAGUAUCCUCAUUCGCUAUCCUGGGCCGUCUGGAAGAUACAACAUUCUGAUAGAUGCUGGCAAGUUUUUCUACCAUAGUGCUCUACGAUGGUUUCCUGCCUAUGGGAUAAGAACAAUUGAUGCGGUUAUAAUUACUCAUUCUCAUGCUGAUGCAAUUGGAGGUCUUGAUGAUCUUCGUGACUGGACAAAUAAUGUACAGCCUCACAUUCCAAUUUAUGUUGCAAGGCGUGAUUUUGAGGUGAUGAAGAAGACUCAUUAUUACUUAGUCGAUACAAGUGGCAUUAUACCUGGGGCUGCAGUUUCCGAAUUGCAAUUCAAUAUCAUAAACGAGGAGCCAUUUGUUGUUCAUGAUAUGAAGAUUACACCUUUACCAGUGUGGCAUGGUCGUGAUUAUCGUUCCCUUGGUUUCCGUUUUGGCAAUGUUUGUUACAUAAGUGAUGUUAGUGACAUACCGGAAGAAACUUAUCCACUUCUAAGGGAUUGUGAAAUCCUGAUUUUGGAUGCUUUAAGGCCUGAUCGAUCUUCUGCAACACACUUCGGGCUUCCAAGGGCGUUAGAGGAAGUGCGGAAAAUCAAACCGAAGAGAACACUUUUCACCGGUAUGAUGCAUCUCAUGGACCAUGAAAAAGUGAGUGAAGGUCUUACAAAAUUGAUGGAGACGGAGGGUCUUGACGUACAACUAAGUUAUGAUGGAUUGCGUGUACCAGUAAUGCUCUAGCCUUUUACUUUACUUUACUUCUAAUGUGACCACAAUGAAUUGCAUAUACCAAUUAUGUUCUACCCUUUAUCUCCCUCUUGUAACUCAUCAUACAUUUUUCCACAACAAUAAUGCCCGAUUCUUUCCCCUGGAUGUUAACCAAACACGAGUUUGAAACUACAACUCUCACCAAACAUUAAAAUCCAUAAUGAAAUAAGAAAAACUCAAAUGACUUUUCGCCCAAGUCGCCUGAC